AUGGCUCUUGAUAAGAGUUGGAUGGGAAUUGAGAAUAGAAAGGACCCUAGAUAUAUUCAUGGAGUUGAAGGUUUUCUGACAUAUGCAUUUAGGCAUGAAUCAAUAGAAGAUGCGAUUUCAUGUCCUUGCUUAAAAUGUAGAAAUGUCGAUUACAAGCAGAAAUUUGAGGUUAGGUACCAUUUGUUAAAGGAUGGAAUUCUCAAAUCUUAUACCAUUUGGUAUUUCCAUGGAGAGUCUCUAAAUGAAGAUGUUGACAUCAAUGAUGAUCCAAUUGUUAAUGAUGAUCAAGACUUUGAUGAUGAUAUCAUCGCAUUAGUGAAUGACAUAUAUGGCGGUUCUAAUGUCAACAUUGGAAUGGAUUCUAAUGAAGCGGUUGGAGAGGAACCUAAAGGGUAUGCUGCCAUGUUUUACCAUCUAUUAAGGGAAGCUAAGGAAAAGUUACAUCCAGAAUGUGAGCUCUCAAAAUUGGCUGCUAUAGUGAAGUUACUUCACAUGAAGAGUUUUCAUCGAUGGACCAACAGAUCAUUUGAUGAUUUGCUUGGUUUAUUAAGGGAGCUUAUUCCAAAUGGAAAGCAAAAUUUUCCAAAAUCAUACAGUAGUGCUCGAAAGUGGAAGUCUGAUGAAGGGAAGAACAAGAGGAAAAAAACUCCAUAUAAAGUGCUACGAUACUUCCCUUUAAAACCAAGGUUGCAGAAGUUGUUUAUGUCUAGUCAAGUAGCAUCUGAUAUGCGAUGGCAUAAGGAAAAAAGGAUAAAUGAUGGAAUUAUGAGGCACCCUGCUGAUAGUCUUGCAUGGAAGUCUUUUAAUGAACAAUAUGGCUCAUUUGCAAGUGAUGCUCGUAAUGUUAAACUCGGAUUGGCAACUGAUGCUUAUGGAGAUUUAUCAGGGUGGUCAACAAAAGGUUACAAGGCUUGUCCUGCUUGCCACAAAUAUACUAGUGCAAAACACCUUGCUUGUUCAAAGAAAAUGUGCUAUAUGGAUCAUAGAAGGUUUUUGCCUCCUAGUCAUAAAUGGCGUAAGGACACUAAGUCCUUCAAUGGCUUUAGAGAGACAAGAGCAAUUCCAAAACCACUGUCAGGUGAUGAGGUGUUAAUGGAGCUUGAAACUUUCACUCAAAUGCCAUUUAAUAGAGGUAUCAAAAGGAAGUAUGAUGCUUCAAAUAGUUUUGAGAAUUGGAGGAAGAAGAGUAUCUUUUUUCAGUUACCCUAUUGGAAGACACUUCUUAUUCGGCAUAAUCUGGAUGUGAUGCACAUUGAAAAGAAUGUGUGUGAUAAUGUGUUAGAAACUAUAAUGAACAUCAAAGGAAAGACGAAAGAUAAUUUGAAUAGCCGUUAUGAUUUGGUGAGUAUGGACAUUAGACACGAGCUUCACCCAAUUGUGAAUGGAAAUAAUGUUUGUAUUCUAUUGUUUCUAUGA